AUGAGUUCUCAAUCCAUUUCGAACCGGAAACCAGUACGAAGAAGUACACAUCCGACUCUUCCCGACAUCAAUGAAGUGAACCGGAACUCUGGUGAACAGUUACUAACACCACCUCCACAACUCCAUCGAGGUCAAUCUCAUUUACCUUCUCCAAUUACUCCCACUCUUCCUGAUUUACAAUUGGAACCUACAAAAGAUGAGACUCAUAAGGGCUUACCCAAUCUCCUAAGCCCAACACUUCCUUCGCCUUUCAUGUUUGAUUUAGAUAAUAAGCAGGAGACCAGUUUGUAUGCCAAUCCAGAUGGUAUAGAAAAGGAAGUGACUUAUACAAAGAAAGAUAAUUCUCAAACAUUGGAAGUGUCUUCCGAAAAGACUACCCAUUCGAUCAAAACAGAACACCAAGAAAAAUCUGAUCCGAUCGAAUCUCCUGUUAGCGAUAAUCUUAAAGAUAUUUCCGGAACAGACCAACCAGUCUCGAAACGAAAAGCUAAAGUAACGUUAGAGGAUUAUAAACGGCUCAAAAUGCAAAACAAGGAAAAUCCCAGUCUUGGAAGCCCAGCAAAUUCAAUUAGUUCUUUAAGCCCCUCAACCCCUCUUGUGCAACAUCAACCGGAUUUCGAACUGCUAAAACAAAACUUUAUUAGACUCCUCGCUGAUGGCAAGUUCCAGAAGAAGCUAGCAGAUAAAGCGGAAAAAUAUUCAUUUCUCUUUGCUAUUGACGCUGUUUUAUGUUAUGUAGUUGCUUUUCAAAUUCAGAAUGUGUCUAACAUUUCAAAAAAUCAACCGGCUACCACCAGCAAUUGGCGAACCUUACCUGCGUAUAUUGAAUUCUUUCUUCGUUCCGAUAAUGAAUCUCUAGACCCCAUUUUUCGAGGUCUUUUUCUCGGUUACCUUGGAAUCGCUUUCCGAGAAAUAUUUAACAUUGAACUUCUUCGUAUGCAACACUUGCAACAUUUCCUUAUGAAAGAUAUUCGACAAAGCACUUCAGAAUCAAUUCCCAAAAGCUCCACUGGAAAUGUUAAAAACAUUUGUGAAAAUGCCGUUCGUUUACAUGAUGCUUACAAGCGGUUUGUUGCAGCGAUGAAGCAAUGCUCUCAAUUAUUAAGCAGUAAAUCACUGAAAGCAUUUCCUAUUACCUUGAAAAAAUUUGAGGAAACUAAUUCCACAAACCUGUAUCCUCCGUUUUGUAUACAGACUAGUAUUGCUGAUUCAAUCGAAUUUGGGCAUCAUAUAAUCACAGAAUUCAAAGAUCAACAUGGUUUUACGUUUAAUUCCAAAAUGAAUCACUCAGAUUUAUCGCUAGCAAGAAAUUUGCCAAAUAUAAAAAGUCUGUAUGUUUUUGGUAUCUUCGGUAGAAGUGUUCAAAUGACUCAACAUAGAAAAUUAGAAACUAAUAAACAAUCGUGA